UCAGCUGAUAGGUGCACGAAAUUGUCGUUAGAGGAUGUUGCGGUGCUGUUUGUUAUCGUGAAACUUCGUCUUCGUGCGGUGCUAGAACGAUUGAUAAGAGAUUCGGCUCUAAACAAUUCACUUCAGUGCUAUGAAUAUUGCGCAUAACAUGGCCAGAGCCGGUUUCCGCAUUGCUCUACUACAGCUUAAGGUAGGUUCAAACAAGACAGAGAACGUAGAAAAUGCCUUAGGGAAGAUCCGUAACGCCGUACAGGAGCAUGGUGCCAGGGUCGUUGCCUUACCGGAGUGCUUCAACUCGCCGUAUGGAACAAAGUAUUUUUCCGAGUAUGCUGAAGAAGUUCCCACUGGAGAAACCAGCCAAAGCUUGUCCGCCGUGGCGAAAGAGCUGGGUAUUUAUCUGAUUGGUGGAACGAUUCCGGAGAAGGUUGACACCGAAAAUAAAAUUUAUAACACCUGUACGGUCUGGUCCCCGGAAGGGCAAUUGUUGGCGAAGUAUAGGAAAAUUCAUCUGUUCGACAUUGAUAUACCUGGAGGAAUCACUUUCCGUGAGUCAGACGUUCUAACCGGUGGUAAUCAACUGGCCGUAAUUCCAGUGGACGGUGCAAAAAUCGGCAUUGGAAUCUGUUACGACAUACGUUUCGAUGAACUGGCGCGUAUUUAUCGGAACCAGGGUUGCGAUGUGUUGAUUUAUCCAGGAGCGUUCAAUAUGAAAACCGGACCGCUGCACUGGGAACUGCUGGCAAGAGCCAGAGCCAACGACACCCAGUCGUAUGUGGCCACAAUUUCUCCCGCGAGAGACAAAGAAGCCGGCUACAUAGCCUGGGGCCACUCGAUGGUGGUUGAUCCUUGGGCAAAGGUUGUGGCAUCAGCGAAGGAACACGAAGACAUAGUUCUGGCGGAUGUUAAUCUGAAAACCGUGGACGAAGUGCGAGCGCAAAUUCCGAUAUUCAGACAGCGCAGAACGGACAUGUACGAAACAAAGCUGCAAAAGAGUUGAUCAUUUGACUUGAAUGAUUCUUUUGAUGCUGGCGUCAAUGCAAUGAAGUUGAGCCAGUGCCAGACGGAUAUUUUAGUUUGUUGAAAUAAAACAGGUUUGACUUUGA